AAUAAUUUCUGGACCUAGCCUGACCGUGUAGGGACAAGACAGCUCCCCUGCCCAACCUGAAGGAGGAACUGAUGAUGGAAGCAUCACAUCUACUCAAGAAAGACCAGGAAGUUCUCCGCCUUCCCACUUUUCCUCUGAUUAGAAACUGUAGCCCAGUGUUGGCUGAGCAGCUGCUGGUUUCUGGCCUUGUGUUGUGGUCGGGAAAUCAGGAUGAGUGGGCUGGUGCCUGUUUGCAGAGAGGCCUCUUCUCACCAGAGGGCAGGGAAGCACAAAGGAACCGCAGCUUGCUCGAGAGUGGGAGGGGAGAGCACCGAGGACCCCGGAACCCAGCUGCAGAAGCUCAGGGAGGGGGUAUGCUGUCUCCCCUCCAUCCCCAGGCCUCCGGGCAGCUGCCCCCCCCCGACAGGGGCCCCUAAGGGGCCCCUAAGGUUUGGGCCAUGCUCCAGGGGCCGCAGCCAUCCAGGUGUGGCUGAAGGACUGGAUCCCCUACUGUUCUGUCUGUCCUCCCCCAGACAGCCUAGGGGUGUCAUGAGUCCACCCAAGACUGCCCCCUGCUGUCCAGGCCUGGCUUCCCCCGCCUCCCUGGCCAGCGCAGUCAUGCUGUUCUCCAGCCCUCCUCCCCCACUGUCUUUUGUGUCCUGAGCACCGAGCCCCACCACUUACAAGUGAGACCAGCUCCCCGACCAGGGGCUUGCCCACGGGCACACAUCCUGCUUCCCACCCAGCCAGCACUGCUGUCUUCCCUCUCCUGGGGUGUCCACUCCACCUCCAACUGGCAGUGAAGGUGGACAGAUGGUGGACAUCCCUGAGGACAGGGGCAGCCUAGACAACCAGGCGCCUCCCUUCUCAUCCUCUGAGCCUCUGGUUCCCGCCUGGUGCCUCCAUUGAGCAAAGGCCUCCAUUUUGAGCUGCUCUUGUACCAUCUUCCACACACGAGGAAAUGAGAAAAAUACCAAACAAUGGGAACCUGAGGAUGACGAAGGUGGCGUACCCACUGGGGCUGUUCGUGUGCCUGUUCAUCUACAUUGCCUACAUCAAGUGGCACUGGGCCUCCGCCACCCAGGCCUUUCUAGGCAUCCCCGAGGCGGCCACGGGGGCCCGGAGAGGCCAGCAGGCCCACAGUCCCCCGGGGCUGGCCGCCCACGGACCUGAGGUCUCCUACGGCAUCAUGUUUGACGCGGGCAGCACCGGCACCCGUGUGCACGUCUUCCAGUUCAGCCGGCAGCCUGGAGAAACUCCCACCUUGACCCAUGAAACCUUCAAAGCACUGAAGCCAGGUCUUUCUGCUUAUGCUGAUGAUGUUGAAAAGAGUGCCCCGGGGAUCCAGGAGCUACUGGACGUGGCCAAACAGGACAUCCCCUUUGACUUCUGGAAGGCCACCCCCUUGGUCCUCAAGGCCACAGCUGGUCUGCGCCUGUUGCCAGGAGAAAAGGCUCAGAAGUUGCUGCGGAAGGUGAAAGAAGUGUUUGAGGCGUCGCCAUUCCUCGUGGGGGACGACUGUGUUUCCAUCAUGAACGGGACUGACGAGGGUGUUUCCGCAUGGAUCACCGUGAACUUCUUAACAGGCAGCCUGAAGACCCCCGGGAGGGGCAGCGUGGGCAUGCUGGACCUAGGCGGGGGGUCGACCCAGAUCACCUUCCUCCCAAGACUCGAGGGCACCCUUCAAACCUCGCCGCCCAGCUUCCUCACGUCUCUCCAGGUGUUUAACAGGACCUACAGGCUCUACUCCUACAGCUACCUGGGGCUUGGCUUGAUGUCGGCGAGACUGGCGGUCCUGGGAGGCGAGGAGGGGAAGCCUGCUAAGGAUGGACAGGAGUUGGUCAGCCCCUGUCUGUCUGCUGGUUUCAGAGGAGAGUGGGAGCAUGCUGAAGUGACGUACAGGAUUGCAGGACAGGAGGCAGCGGGGAGCCUCUACCAGCUGUGCGCUCGCCGAGUGUCCGAGAUCCUCCGAAACAAAGUGCACAGGACAGAGGAAGUGAAGGACGUGGAAUUCUAUGCCUUUUCCUACUAUUACGACCUUGCCGCAAAUGUGGGCCUCAUAGAUGCGGAGAAGGGAGGCAGCCUUGUCGUUGAAGACUUUGAGAUAGCGGCCAAGUAUGUGUGCCGGACGGCAGAGACCCGGCAGCCACCCAGCCCCUUCCUGUGCCUGGACCUCACCUACGUCAGCUCACUGCUCCAGGAGCUCGGCUUCCCGGGGGACAAAGUGCUGAAGCUGACCCGGAAGAUUGACAACGUGGAGACCAGCUGGGCUCUGGGCGCCACUUUUCAUUACAUCGAUUCCCUGAGCCAACACAAGAGCCCCGCCUCGUAGCCACUGAGUUGCCAGCCGUUCCCGCAGAAGCACAGGCUCUGUGAGAACAGGCCCCUUUGGGACCCCCGACUUGCAGUAUGAGGGCCACGGUGCCAGCCGGGACCUUCCUCACCAUGGCCGCACACACCAGCCCCUGGGUGCGCUGGAACGCAGCCCAGGCUUUGGCUCCAGGUGGACGGUGUCCAGACGGGGCAGGGGGCACAGGCUGAGGCCAGGGCGGCCCCGCUGCCAUCCACACUGUCCCGUCUCAGGCCUGGGGUGGCUGUGACAUGCAUCCUUUGACAGGAGUCUUGUUCUGUGCUGCUCUCCAGCGGGCGUCCCCCCGGGCCAGUGGGCCUGGCGUCCCCGGGGGUGUGGACUGUGACGUCAUCCAGAAGCCGCAUCCUCAGGGGGCUCAGGCUCAGCUGCCGGGUUGGCACUGAGCAUGGGGCGGGGGUGCUGGAGGGGAUGCCUCUCCAUGGCCCACCUGCCCGGGCUCCUCAAGGGUCCUGAAUGUGAGUGUGCGCUGCUGUGAAUAGUGUGUGUGUCUGUGUGGUGCCAAGCGCUCACACAGAAGCUGUGUCCUGAGUCGUGUGUGUGUGUGUCUGUGUGGUGCCAAGCGCUCACGCAGAAGCUGUGUCCUGAGCCGUGUGUGUGUGUGUCUGAAUGUGAGUGUGCACUGCUGUGAAGAGUGUGUGUGUGUCUUGUGUGUGACAUCUGUGUGGUGCCAAGCACUCAUGCAGAAGCUGUGUCGUGCGCUGUGUGUGUGUGACAUCUGUGUGGUGCCAAGCGCUCGCACAGAAUCUGUGUCCUGAGCCGCACGCGUGUGUGUGAGUGACAUCUAUGUGGUGCCGAGUGCUCACACAGAAGCUCUGUGCUGAGCCCACUGGAUGUAUCGCUGCCUGAGCCGUUGGCCGCCAAGCAGUGUCCACCCGGCCACAGCCCUGGAUCCAGCCUCUGGUGGCCCAGCUCCCACCGGCUCCCCCUGAGCCCGGCACAGGGCUCUGUGGGCCCAGGCCCACAGCUGCUCCUGUGGUGAAUGUACAGUUCUCGAAAUAAGCCGAACCUCAUGUGUUCCACUUGAAAUAAAGGGUUUUCCAGGG